AUGACUGUUCACUCUUUCCAUGGCUUAAGAACUGCUGAUUUACCCUCUAAAUCACUAGUAGAAAGGUCAACCGGUAGCAAUCUAGUGUGUGAGCGAAUAAAGAACGCCGAUACUCUUAUAUGGGACGAAAUUUCCAUGUCCAGUGAGCGCAUUUUCCAUCUGKCAAACAUGAUUCAUCUCGACGUCAACGGUGGAAAAACUGUCCUUCGUCCAUUCAACGGCAUYCAGCUGAUACUAGUUGGCGAAUUUUUACAACUCAGACCAGUACCAAGGUACAUCGACCCAGGUCAUUUUAUGUUUAACUCGCCUAUUUUCAACAAGGCAAUAACUCAUCRGUUUGAAUUGUUGUCAAUAAUGAUACAAAACGACCAGGAUGAAUCAUUCAGGAAAUGUCUAAAAGAGGUGAGAGAAGGUUGGUGUUCGCCUGAAACAGAAGCAUUCUUCAAAAGUCUCAAACGAAGAUUAUCCCCUGACGAUGAUGCCAAUGCCCUUCACAUUUUMUUCAAGAAGAUAAAUGCACAAGUCUUCAAUCGAAGUAAGCUCGAUGAAUUGCCAGGAAAUGAAGAAGGAUAUCCUGCCAUAGAUACAGGCAAUACAACCAACAUGUCAUGUCCAAGUGAGCCACUCCUGGUAUUAAAACCUGGUUGCAAAGUUAUGUUGACAUGGAACAAGAGCACCCAUCUAAUCAAUGKUACGGCAGGAACAUACAUUGGACAGGCAGAUGACAAUCACCUUAUGGUUCAUUUUUCUAAGUUGGCAGGUAUUGCAGGAAAACUUCACAUGUUGCCGAGUAAAGUACUGAGUCGUGAUGACAUCGAAAUUGUGGAUGGUUUCUACAGCCAUGAUGUUGAAGAUGAAGAUGCAGAUUGGCAGGGAGUAGAAGAUGCAAAAAGUCCAGCAUUGCUCUUGCGACUAAUUGUGGUCUGCCCGUACCGAAUGGCAUUUUGUGCCAUCUCUUGCAGUCUCCAAGUGGGAUUGUUGUUCUGCCCAUUGCAUGCUCUCACCUGA